CAGCGCUUUCUCACUGCAGCGCAAGGCAGCCAAGUCAAUACGGCAAACGGACAACACAAGGAGAAACGUCCAACUUCACCACUUGCCUGGUUUGACAACUUCCAGCCAAAGGGACUCAGACGACAGCUGGACCUACACUGAGAAUGCUGGAGUUUGUGUUUCUUGUAAAGAUAUAAGGACAUUUUCUCGCACGGUUGCCGCUUGUGAACAUUCCCUUGCGUCUUGAAGACGCUUGAUUCUGUGCCGCGUGCCUACAUGAGAGCGAUUGACACGCGCGAGAUUCCACCGCAUUCACUUAUCCCUGAGCUGCCGCGAUGGUUCAAUGUCUUGUUUAAUGGUUGAGAGGUGUGCACCGGUCGCAUUUGAAAGGGCAGAGCAGAAUGACAUCCAAGUUUGCAUGCUGGCGGACGGCAGACUGAGGGGUCAUGCAGGGCUCUUACUGGCUGAGAGAAGAGGCUCCUACCCCCUGAUCGACCUCCGCCUCCUCAACACAGCAGCAGCAGGCCCGGGCGGGCCAGCGGGCCAGGAGGAGGUGGAGUCAGGCACCAGGAGGAAGGUGAGGCGUCUGCUGAGCUUCCAGAGGUACUGUCACGCCUCGCGGCUGCUCCGCGGCCUGGCGCCCCACGACUCCCUGCACCUGCUGGACGACGACUACCUGGGGCAGGCCGCGCACAUGCUGUCUAAGGUCGGAACGUGGAACUUUGACAUCUUCCUGUUUGAUCGCCUCACUAACGGCAACAGUCUGGUGACUCUGAUGUGCCACCUGUUCAACAUGUAUGGUCUCAUCCACCACUUCCAGCUGGACAUGGUCAAACUGCACAGGUUUCUGGGUAUGGUGCAGGAGGACUACCACUCCCAUAAUCCCUACCACAAUGCUGUCCAUGCAGCUGAUGUGACACAAGCCAUGUACUGCUACUUAAAGGAGCCCAAGCUGGCGGAGCAGCUGAGCCCGCUGGACGUGUUCCUCGGCCUGAUGGCAGCCGCCGCCCACGACGUGGAUCACCCGGGGGUCAACCAGCCCUUCCUCAUCAAGACCCGACACCACCUUGCCAGCCUCUACCAGAACACGUCGGUGCUGGAGAGUCAUCACUGGCGCUCCACAGUGGGAAUGCUCAGAGAGUCUGGCCUGAUGUCCCAUUUACCUGCCGAUGUCACGCAGGACAUGGAGCAGCAGCUGGGCUCGCUCAUCCUAGCCACGGACAUCAGUCGUCAAAACGAGUUCCUCUCGACGUUCCGAGAACAUCUGGACAGCCAGGACCUCAACCUGGAACAUGCAGAGCACAGGCACUUCAUGCUGCAGAUUGCUCUGAAGUGUGCCGACAUCUGCAACCCAUGCCGGGUGUGGGAGCUGAGUCGGCAGUGGAGCGAGCGGGUGUGCGAGGAGUUCUACCGACAGGGUGACUUGGAGAGGAAGUUUGACCUGGAGAUAAGCCCUUUAUGUAACCAGCAGUCCGACUCUGUCCCUGCCAUACAGAUAGGCUUCAUCUCCUACAUCGUGGAGCCCCUGUUUGAGGAGUGGCAGCGCUUCACAGAGCCCAGCCUCCUCACCCAGAGCAUGAUGGGACACCUGCACAAGAACAAAGCCCGCUGGGGCGGACUGCGCCUCAGCGUGCCGCCCGACUGCCCCCUCGCCACGGGGGGGAGCCACGCCCACUCCCCCCCCCUGCCCCUCCCAGAGGAGGAACCCGGGGUGCAGAGAGGAGGGGGAGGAGGGGGAGCAGAGGAGGAUAUCCCGUAAUAAAGGACCCGGCCUCUCUGCUUCCUCUGCUGUCCCAAUAGAGGAGUACGUAUUCCACCCCCUUUGUUCCUGCCUCGUCCCUCUCCCACCCUUCAUGCAGGCUUCGGCGAUGGGAGAAGUGGACGUGUCGCUAUAGCGCCCCCCUCCCCUCUUACCCCCCCCCCCCCACCCCUCUCGGGGUGGACAGUUGCGGUACUGCGGCCGAGUGGAAGUACCAACGAGUAAGACAGAGAGAACUACAGAUAGAUGGGCUUUCGAGAGUACGGCUGAAUUGCCACAUUUUUCUCUGUUGGAUUGGAAAGGGCGGAUCAAGGGUGAUCUAGUUGAAUUAGGAGUUUUUGUGCUUUGGAUGAGGAAAAGUUGGCACGUCUUGAAGUCAACGCUGGUCUUCCCACGAUGCCGUACUGUGAAGAUGGACUGUCAAGAGCAUCGACUGAUGAGGUCAGAAGGAAAGUCCAACCAACAAGUCAGGUGGACCGCACUGGCGCUGAAGACACUAACUAUAUGAAAGUAGAUAUAUAAAUAACAGUUAUAUGAGAGUAUUUACUACAUGCUUUCUAAUUGCUCUUACACUGAAAACUAUUUUCACUUCAUUUUUUUUGUACAGUUGAACUUACACAGAUUUUCACGAAAGUGCAUUUUUAAUCCGGCUCAUAAUUAAGACAUGAAACCAAUAUGUAUGUAUGUGUAAUACCUUAAAAGGCCAAGUGGAAGGGAGGACUUUGUGGAGCCAUACGGGGGUUUCUGUUGGUGAGGGCUGAAGUCACAGCACCCCUGAACACUGUUGUAUAUUAAUCCACUAGACCAGUGGUUCUCAACCCUGGUCCUCAAUUACCCCCUGUCCUGCAUGUUUUAGAUAUUUCCCUGUUCCAACA